AGCCACGGGCAACAGGGAGCGCAAACAGAUCGCCCGGGCCCUUCUAGGGCCGUACGUCCAUCUCUGCACUUUUAUUUUUUGCCACCCUCUCCGUUCUUUUUGAGGCGAUACAGUCAAAACCAGUCAGGAUGGAGAUUAGCAGGGAGAAGGCAGUCAGAAAAGCGGCGCCCGAGGGAAGAUGCGAACAAGACGGUGGAUUAGCAUCUCCUGACCGGGUGGCUAUGUCGGGUGAGGCGGCGAAGGCAGACCGACGCCAUCGCAGGGGCUCCAGAAGGGGACUGAGUGAAUACAAGAGAAACUUCAAAUGGAGAAGCCCAGAGUUUCGUAGCCCAUCCCAACAGCAGAAAUCCUUGUGGGCAGGACUUCGGUCGGAUCAGUUUGGAAUUGUGAGAGAGCCAAAAUUCAUUUCCAAGAGAAGAGUACCUUACCAUAAUCCACAGAUUUCGAAGUCCCUGGAAUGGACAGGGGAUUGUGAUUUGAGUGACCCGCUGGAAACUGAACCUGCAGAGUUGCACACGGACCAUGACAAUGAUAAUGGGAAUCAGGAAAAACUUGAAACACCAGAAGGAUCCAGACUCCCCCCAAAAGUUCAGUCACAUGUGGUAGAUUCUGGUGGUGAAAUAGCUCUUGCCCUUGCAGAGAACAUGCAGAAAUCACCCUCAGAAGCUCCACCAAAUCAAACCGAAGCAUUUUCAUCUCCAAAAAAGGAAUCAGAAAAAAUGGGUAAUGGGUUUCACAGAGCACUUCAGAGGAAAGCAGAUGUAAAUAUCCCCAGAAACUCUGAAUAUCAAAGCCAAUUUGUCUGGAAGAGUCCUCAUGAAAAGUCACCAAUACUUGCAGCUGAACAGCUAAUUUGCAACACAAAGAAAUCCAUACCUCCGGUUAAACCGCCUGCCAUUACUUCUGAAACUACAUAUGAGAGAAAUUCCAAGGGGUCUCCUCCUGUUAAGAGUCCACAAGAGAGAGGUGUUAAUGAAGAGAAAGAAAUUCUGGUGUGUUAACAAGUAAAUACUUCCUAGAAAGAAAAGCUUUAGUAGUAGUUCUUCAGUUUUGAUCU